UCACAAAAUUCGAUCCUUAUUUUUCAUCCAGGAUAAAAAAUCCCCACUAAUUUCAAUUUUUUUUUUUCCUUCAAAAUUUAACAAAUAAUGUCAGGAAUUCAAAAUUGUUUUCCUCAAAAUCAGUCCGAAAUUGGACAUUCUCUGUCCCAAAUUCUUCUUACCACAAAAUCGAACCCUCUAGAUUCAAUCUUUUCCUACUGCGACUCGGCUGCGAGCCGCGUCGCCGAGCCGCUCGGCUCGCCGGUGUACCUGCGGCAGCGAGAUUUGGUGGGCCGGUUCUCCGACGGCGGGCGGUGCCGGGUUAUCGGGCCGGGUAAGGCCUACAGAGGAGUGCGGCAGCGGCAGUGGGGAAAGUGGGUCGCGGAGAUCCGGCUCCCACAGAACCGGGUUCGGGUCUGGCUCGGUACGUACGACUCGCCGGAAGCCGCCGCCUACGCCUACGACCGGGCGGCUUACAAGCUCCGCGGCGAGUACGCCCGGCUCAACUUCCCGAACCUUCGCGACCCGGCUCGGAUCGGGCUCGGCGACGCGGCGCGAGCCGACGCCGUCAGGCGCGCCGUCGACGCGAAGAUUCGGGCGAUGUGGCAGAAGGUCCGGCGGAGGAAGGCGUCGCCGGCGGUUGUGCCCCGCCGUGGAUCGCCGUCGGGAGAAGGCGGAGAUGAGCCGGCGGCGAAGGGAGGAGCGGAGCCGGCGGCGGUGGACGGGGAGAGUUGCGGGAAUAGUGUUUCCGGCGACGGUUUGUGGGCCGGCGGCGGCUCGGCGGCGACGGCGGCGGCGGAGUUGGAGAUUGAGGAAUGGCCGCUGGCGCGGCUGCCGUCGUACGACCCGGAGUUGAUUUGGGAAGUUCUUGCUAAUUAGGUGGUCCUAGGGAUUUGCUCCAGAUUGAUCCAAGCCGUUCAUUUUCGUGGAUUUGUUUUCUUGGUGUUGAAGUCCCGGAUCUUUAUAAAUUGCAUUGAAAAUUGAUUGCAAGUACUUUCAAUUUAUUACAUGAGUUUAACGAUACUUUUUUGCUUUAAGUUCUUUAUACAUGCAUACGUUUUGCAAUUUUUUUCUUUUGUUUUUGCUAUUACUACUUAAUAAUAUAUUACUCUCAUU